GCCAAUGUGCACAUAACCCCUUCUUAAAAACAGCAUAAAGAAAAAGCUAAAGCGUUGGAAGGACAGCAGAUAAGCAGAACUAAAUCAAGAGGGAGGGAAGGAAACUGUAAGAAAAGUUACAAGUGAUCGCCUAAACCCUAAUCGUCAGAGAGAGAGAGAGAGAGAGAGGAGAGAGAAUGCGGCGGCGCAAGUCCUUCUUUUUCUUAACGUCGUUUCUCCUCCUCCUCCCGCCUUCCUUCUCUGCGGCGACGGCCUCAUCUCUCGAUUCCGACGUCAGAGCUCUCCUCGCAUUCCGCUUUGCCUCUGAUCCCGCCGGCCACCUCUCCUCCUGGAAUCUUUCCUCCUCCGCCGCCGACCCCUGUUCUUCCUGGCUUGGUCUCUCCUGCUCCUCUGGCCGCAUCACUCGCUUAGUUCUCGAGAACCUAUCCCUCGCCGCCACCUCUCAUUCUUUCUUCCCGUCCAUCCUCCUCCUCGACCAGCUCCGCGUCCUCAGCCUCAAAUCAAACUCUUUCUCUGGCCCCAUUCCCCCAGACAUAUCCACCCUCAGAGCUCUCAAGCUUCUUUUCCUUUCUCACAACUCCUUCUCCGGCCCAAUUCCCCCCUCUUUUUCCUCCCUCCACCGCCUCAACCGUCUCGACCUCUCCUUCAACAAUCUCUCCGGCCCUAUUCCGAACUCACUUAACAGUCUUUCCCAUCUCCUCACCCUCCGCCUCCAAUGCAACUCCCUUUCGGGCUCCAUUUCUGGUAUCUCCUUCCAUGCUCUCAAAGAUCUCAACUUUUCCUCCAACCAUCUCACCGGCGCCAUUCCCCCCUCUCUUUCCUUCUUUCCCGCCGAAGCCUUCGUCGGAAAUCUCGCCCUCUGCGGCGCUCCCCUCCCCAGCUGCAGCAAUGUCGUCAGCGAGCCCAACCAUCCUAACAUCACCUCCCCUGCCACAAUUGUCUCGUCCCCAACCUCCAAACCAGAGGCAUCACCACCCUUUGGAAACCUGCACAACACCAACGCCGCCGCCAGCCGUACCGGCAUUAGCCGUGCCGCCGUUGUAGCCAUCGUAGUUGGCGACUUCGUCGCGCUCAUCCUCGUUUCCUUCCUCCUGUUCUGCUAUUUCUGGCGCAAGUUCUCUGCUAAGAACCCUUCCCGACUACACGAAGGAGAAAAGAUUGUCUACUCCUCGAGCCCAUAUGCUGCCGCCGGUGCAACAGCGGCAGGGGGCGGCGGGUUGCGGCGCGGUUGUGGGGGAAAGAUGGUGUUUUUUGACGAGACGAAGAAGUUCGAGCUGGAGGACUUACUGCGAGCUUCUGCUGAAAUGCUCGGCAAAGGUGGAUAUGGAACAACCUACAAAGCUGUACUCGAUGAUGGCGGCAUCGUUGCCGUGAAACGACUCCGUGAUGUUCAGCUCGCCGGAAAACGAGAUUUUGAACAGCAGAUGGAGCUCCUCGGUCGUCUCCGCCACCCGAACCUCGUAACUCUGAAGGCCUACUACUUCGCCCGCGAGGAGAAGCUUCUCGUUUACGAUUUCAUGGCCGGCGGCAGUCUCCACUCCCUCCUCCACGGGAACAGAGGGCCAGGGAGGACGCCGUUAGACUGGGCGGCUAGGAUGCGGAUAGCGGCGGCGGCGCGCGAGGCGCGAGGGCUUUUGUUCGUUCACCAUUAUUCCCGUUCGCCGAAGCUCGCUCACGGUAAUGUAAAGUCGACCAACAUCCUCCUCGACAAGUCCGGCGCCGCUCGGCUCGCCGACGUUGGCCUCGCAUUUCUCGGCAAAGCGGCGGAGAGAAGGUUCUGUGGAUACCGACCACCGGAGGCCGUGCAUGACGGGCGGCGGCCAUUGUUAUCGCAACGAGCAGACGUGUAUGCAUUCGGCGUCGUUCUUCUUGAGAUUCUUACUGGAAGGGGGGGGGGUGAUAUUAGCGGCGUUGCGGCCGCCGGAGUGGGUUUGCCGCGGUGGGUUCAGUCGGUUGUAAGGGAAGAGUGGACGGCGGAGGUCUUCGACCUUGAGCUCAUGAGGUAUAGGGGAAUAGAGGAGGAGAUGGUGGCGAUGCUGCAAAUCGCUUUGUCCUGCACGGUGGUCUCGCCGGAUCAACGUCCCAAGAUCAGCCACGUGGUCAGGAUGAUCGAGGAGGUACACGGCAGUGAGGUCGUGGCGUCGCCGUCUCUGGAGUGCUCUGAAUCCGACUCAGCCUCCGACGAUGCCGCGGCCGGCGGGGGCGGGGGCGCCACCGGGCAUUAACUCGCUUGUUUACUCUACUUGGAAGUUAGAAUAUUUAAUCAAUCUUUUUUAGCCGUUGAUUUUGUUUAGAUGGCCGUACAGAUGGAGAGAUCUGAGCCGUUCAUCAUGUAGUCGACCGUUGGAAUCUAAUUAUGAGGCUUAAAUGUUGUACAGUUUCAGAAUAGCAUUUUGUCAGGUGGUGGCCAUAAAGCUUGAUGCAAUAGUAUUAGAAAAAUAGUACAAUUAUUGAAAUAAGUUUCUUUUGGGGCUUUUACAAACAUACCACCAAAGUCAUAUGAGUUUUACAUAUCUAACAUUUAUAUUAUA